AUGGUUCUUCAAGGAUCUAACGUGCUCCUUACCGGAGCUUCUAUGGGAAUUGGUUCCGCCAUUGCUGAAGCACUAGCCGCCAAAGGCGCGAAUUUGAUUCUUUUUGCGAGAUCUGAGGAUAAGCUACAGAACCUUGCAGACAAAAUCAAGAAGCACCAUGCAGUUAAAGUGAUCUACAAAGCAGUCGAUGUUCAAGAUUACACUGCAGUCGAAGCUGCCGUGAAUUCCAGUGUGCAGGAACUCGCUCAGGUUGACAUUCUGGUCAACAACGCCGGCCUAGCCCUCGGCGCCCCAUCCGCAUUCCACGACCUCCGCGUAUCAGACAUCCUAACCAUGAACAACACCAACAUCAACGGCCUCAUGUUCGUGACUCACGCAGUCCUCAACACUUCCAUGAUCCCUCGCGCCGCAGGCACAAUCCUCAAUAUCACCUCCGUAACUGGUAUCGAGGUCCCGCCCUUCCCGGGCGAAGCAGUGUACCACAGCAACAAAGCUGCGCAAGAGGCCUUUACGAACGCAUUGCGGAAUGAGCUGAGUGGGACAAAUAUCCGCGUCUUGGCGCUGCGGCCUGGGUGCGUGGCGACCAAUUUCCAUUCGCAGCGGGUUGGGCAUGAUCAGGAGAUGUAUAAUAGCUUCUUUGAGGGAUUUCAGCCUCUUGAACCAGUGGAUAUCGCGGAAUCAGCGGUGUAUAUGCUGGAGCAGCCGUUGAAUAGAUCAGUGAAGGCUCUUGAUCUUGUUCCCUCGGCGCAACGAUCUUUGACUGUCUUUGACCGGGUAUGGAACAAGAGAAAUGCAUAG